UGUCGGCAAGGCCGCGGGCCGAGGGCCUGGAGUUCCGGGCCAGGCCCAGGCUGGGACAUGUGUCACUGGCAUAGAGGUGGCAUUUCAAGUCUCAAGUCACCGGGGAGAGCAGAGAGCAACAGCAGGGGACACACAGCAUUUAGUGACAUGAGCUUUUCUGGAAAGAGACAAGAGGGUUUGGGUUGAAACUGCUGUGUAAAGCGCUCCCGGCCCAGCAUCCGGGGCCCAGAAGUGCUGACGGCCCGGGGCCCUGGGUGCCGAGGUGCGGGUUCCUGGGCCCAGCCACGACCCUCUGAAACAGCGCCCGUGGCAUCUGCAUUUUCCAGUUCCCUGGCUAACCGGCUCAGUCCUCCGUGCGUCCCGCUCGCCGGCCACACGCACUCGGGCCAGGAUGGCGUUCCCUCUGGCCCUGCGCAUGGCGCUGCUGCUCCUCUCCGGGGUCCUGGCCCCUGUGGUGCUCACAGCCGAGGGCUCGCGGGAGCCCGUGCCCACGCUGUGGAAUGAGCCCGCCGAGCUGCCCUCCGGAGAAGGCCCCGUGGAGAGCACCAGCCCGGCCCGGGAGCCCGCGGCCACAGGUCCCCUGGGCGCCACCGCCCCGCCGAGUCCGGAGGACAGCACCGCGCAGGAGCAUCUGGACCACAACGGCGGCUCGCUGGGGCCCGGAGCCAUCGCGGCGAUCGUCAUCGCCGCCCUGCUGGCCACCUGCGUGGUGCUGGCGCUCGUGGUCGUCGCGCUGAGAAAGUUUUCCGCCUCCUGAAGCGAAUAAAGGGGCCGCGAUCCCGCCGGACGCGCCCAGGUCUC